AUUUUCUGCUAUAAAUACAUAUCUUAAUAGGUAACAACAUUAUGUUUAAGUGUCUAAAUUUUCCCAAAAGUGAAUUGCAUAAAAAAGAAAAAGUAAAAGUGACUGAGGUAAGAGUGAGUUAAAAAAUAAAAGUGAAAGACAUCCAAUAAAUGUUUUCCAAAAAUUAACAUCAUCCAAGAAGACUUAAGUAAAAGUGAGUGAAACAAAAGUGAAAGACAUCCAAUAAAUGUUCACCAAAAGUGAAAGAAAUCCUAUAAAUGUUCACUAACAGAUGACGAUAUGCUGUUCAACGCAUCACUGAGUGAUGUCCGAUGGAACGAGAGUGAGCUAUGGGGUUCAGGGGCUAUGGAGUUGGACGUAUUCUACAACCCUGAUGUGGUGAUCAUAGUGCUGUACGUCAUCGUACUAGCGGCCUCACUCUCGGCCAACACGCUGCUGAUAUUCAUCGUCAUCAAGUUCCAGUACAUGAGGAGCGUCACAAACAUCUUCCUGGUGAACCUGUCGGUGGCGGACCUGCUGGUGACGCUGUUCUGCAUGCCGGUGCAGAUCGCCAAGUCCGUCACUCUGCUGUGGUACUUCGGCGAGGUCAUGUGCAAGACUGUCAACUUUCUACAAGGUGUGGCAGUAGCUUCCAGCGUGUUUACAAUAACCGCCAUGUCCGUGGACCGGUACCUCGCCAUCACGCAGUCUCUGCGCCAACCCUGGAUGCCCUCGAGGCGAGGAGCCUGCAGUCUUCUCGCAGCCCUGUGGCUCAUCUCCUUCGCCAUAUUCGCCCCCUUGCUAGCCGUUGCAGCAGUCGAGAAAGAGGUCAUUCCUUCACUAUCGAGGACUAGGAAUGGUUCGGUGUACGUAGAAACCGUCAUAGAAUUCUGCACAGAAAAAUGGCCCGACUCCAUAAGAAAGGAAUUAUUCGGCACUUUCAGUUUCAUUUUAGUCUACGCGGUACCUGGAUGUAUCGUAGUCGUAUCCUACUCCUUGAUGGGAAGAAGAUUGUGCUCAGUGCUGCCACCAUUCGAUCAGACGGAGGGCAGUGCGAACAGUCAACAGCGCCUACGGUUAGUGCGCGAGAGAAAGCGAGUGGCAUGGAUAUUACUGCUACUGGCAGUUCUGUUUGCACUGUGCUGGCUUCCAUACAAUAUUCUGCAGCUGCUGCUAGAUGUGAACGCUGUUCGAGAAGAUUCCAUAGCCUUGGUGCUGCCGUAUACACUGCUACUAGGUCACACGAACUCUGCGAUCAACCCGAUCGUGUACUGCCUGAUGACGCGCAACUUCCGUCGCUCGCUGCGCAAGUUGCUCUGCCACGACCCCGGUAACAUACACUCUAGUACUCAUUUCCAUAUGCAAGGCUUACGUCAAAAGUCUAACACAUCGAGCACGCGCACCACGGUCACGUUCCGCAGCAGCAACACCCAGCGACAGUCCACGCCCAGCAUCCAAUACGGCCGCGUUCACAGACCCUCGCUCAGAGACCCCGCCUGGAAGGAUAGGGGAAAAGCACAAUUUAUAUAAGGAACUAGCUUCACGGUUACGCUGCAUCACAGCAACAACCAGCGACAGUGACAGUGUGACAGACC